CGCCUUUGCCCCACGUUGUGUUGCGUUGUGUUGGUCCCUUGAAUUACCUAUAACAGAAUAACUAUACCGGAGCCCAAGUUCUUGCUCAAUUGCCUCGCAGCAAACCAAUUGGCCCUCCCUUAUUUAAAGUCACCUUUGCUGCACAUCAUUUGUGCACCGCAAGCCACAUCAGAAUCCUCUCCAUCAUGUCGCCUACAGUUCUUCACCUGCGCUCAGAGGACAAGCCUCUCGAGCACCGCUCUGCCCUCACCCCCACCACAGCCAAGGCAUUGAUCGAUGCCGGAUACACAGUCAACGUUGAGAAGAGCCCUGUAAGGAUCUUCGACGAUGCCGAGUUCGAGAAGAUCGGCGCCGCAUUAGUGCCUACCGGUAGCUGGCGGGAAGCUCCCAAGGAGCACAUCGUCGUCGGUCUCAAGGAGCUGCCAGAGGAGACAUUCCCUCUCAAGCACGUACACGUCCAGUUUGCCCAUUGCUACAAGCAGCAGGGUGGUUGGGACACCGUCCUCGCCCGUUUCCCCCGCGGUGGCGGCACUCUUCUCGAUCUCGAGUUCCUCCAGGACCCCAAGACCAAGCGCCGAGUCGCUGCUUUCGGAUACUCUGCUGGUUUCAGCGGCAGCGCCCUCGCACUCAAGACCUGGUCAUGGCAACUCACACACCCCGGCGAGCCGUUGCCUGGCGUCGAGAGCUACCCCAACGAGGGCGAGCUGAUCGCCGACAUCAAGAAGGACAUCGUCGAGGGCCAGAAGAAGGUCGGCAGGCUCCCAAGAGUCAUCGUCAUUGGUGCUCUGGGACGAUGCGGUCGUGGAGCUGUGGAUAUGGCUCUGAAGGCUGGUGUGCCGGAGAGCCAGAUUCUCAAGUGGGACAUGGCCGAGACUGCUAAGGGCGGCCCCUUCGACGAGAUCUUGGAGAGCGACAUCUUCGUGAACUGCAUCUACUUGAACGAGAAGAUCCCCCACUUUGUUGACCUGGAAUCCUUGAAGAAGCCGGGUCGUAAGUUGAGCGUCGUCUGCGACGUUUCGGCUGAUACCACGAACCCCAACAACCCUAUCCCCAUUUACACCAUCGCCACAACCUUCAAGGAGCCUACCGUCCCCGUGGAAGGCGUAUCCGACCCUCCCGUCAGUGUGAUCAGCAUUGACCACUUGCCCAGUCUGCUGCCCAGAGAGUCUUCCGAGGCUUUCAGUGGCGAUCUGCUACCAUAUCUCCUCAAGCUCAACGACUGGCAAAAUGACCCGGUCUGGGCUGGAGCCAAGGAUCUUUUCGAUGAGAAGGUCAACACUCUCCCCAAGGAGGCCUUGAACCAAUAGAGAGUUGUUUUGUGAUGGACUUUGCGGGCAUAAGGAACCGGAAAAGGGCGUUUGGGAUUUGUUGAAUGUAUAGAGAAAAAUAUCGAGCGGCGUACAGCUGCCAUAUAGACGAAGAAGACGAUGAAGAAGAAGAUAAAGAAGAGGAAAAAGCAUAGACUUUUAUGCUCAAGUCAACAGUAAAAAACAAACUGCUCAAUUAAACACAGGCAUCCAGAGAGAUGCUGACAAUUUCUACACGGCACAAUU